GCAACAUUGAUUGAUUAUUGCAAUGUUUUUGAAGCAAAAUUACGUCAAGUGCAAUGUCAAAUUACAGUUUAUUUAUUAACAAAAGUUGAAUUUAAGGGCUCUUCUUAAUGUUGCAAAGAUGGGUAAGGAGCGGCAAUAUAGUUUCCCAACGAUAUAUAAGCUUUUUCGAAGCUGACAGGAAAAAGGAAUAUUUUGUUAGAAAAUUAAUUGGGUUUUCAUGUGAAGAAAUGUACAAUGUAAUUGCAGAUGUAAGGAAUUACCAUGUGUUUGUGCCAUUUUGUUCAAAAUCAACAAUCUUAAGUGAGAACUAUAAAGAGCUGAAGGCCAAUUUGGAAGUAGGAUUUCCACCGAUUUAUGAAAACUACACAUCAAAUGUAUCACUUAAAAGACCCAGUUUAGUUCAAGCAAUAUGUAAAGAAGGGAAUCUAUUUAAUUAUUUGGAAACAACUUGGAAAUUAACUGAAGGGCUUCCAAGCAAUCCCAAAACUUGUAUAAUUGAUUUUUAUAUCAAAUUUGAGUUUAAGUCUAUGCUACACUCCAAAGUGGCCUCCCUAUUUUUUGACAAUUUAGUUAACCAAAUGGAAAACGCCUUCAUUGAAGAGGCCAAAAAGCGGUAUGGUUCAGAAUCCAUUCCAAUACAUAAAUUAAAUGGACUAAGCUGAG